AUGAAGAGAAAAAGCUUUUUCGUGAAACUGAUGAGAUUGGUCGGAAAAGGAAAUCAAGUUCAAUCGUCCAAAUCCUGUCUAGCUCAGAUCUAUGAAGCAAGGAAAAAACAGCGACAGAGAUCAUCGCUCUCAUCGCAUCUAUCACAUAUUGAACCUAUGCCAACGAUUCUCGAAGAAGAUGAGUCCAUGUUCACUACCUAUGAAGAAUAUUCUCGGAUCUAG